UUAUUUGACUGUAAAAUAAAAAAGAACAAAUUUCCAACGAAACUUCUCAUGCACCCGGGAGUACCAGAUAAACCACCGUUAAGUUUAACGGAAUAAGCUGACUUGUCAACCGGUAACUUGAGAAUGAAGUUAUAAGGGAGAAUAUCCUGAGGCAUAUUUUGCAGAAUUGGAGGGUAUUCCUCCUUAAAUACACCCUUCUUCUCUAAAUCCUCGCAACAAUCCUCAAAAUCCCUCGUCUGUCCAAUUCUCACCCUCUGUUUUAGUUUUUAUAACAAUGGCUCUUAAAGCUUUUCAUGUCUCCGACGUCCCAAACCUCGACCAAGUCCCACAAAGCGCUUCUUUCUCUCUCUACUCCACCCGUUUCUCCAAAGGGUUGGAGUUGAACAGGGCAGCGUCGUUUAGGAUACCAAAGUUUUUGGUAAUAGGGCAUCGAGGGCAUGGCAUGAACCUUUUACAAAGCUCUGAUUCAAGAAUGAAAGCCAUUAAAGAAAACUCUAUCCUCUCCUUCAACUCUGCUGCUAAAUUUCCCAUUGAUUUUAUUGAAUUUGACGUUCAGGUGACAAAAGAUGACUGCCCUGUCAUUUUCCAUGACGAUUUUAUCCUCUCUGAAGAAAAUGGUACAGUGUUUGAGAAGAGAGUCGCAGAGUUGUGUUUAGCAGAAUUUCUUCGCUAUGGACCCCAGAGAGAAGCAGGGAAAGAUGGGAAAUGUUUGUUGAGGAAAACAAAAGAUGGGAAAAUUGUUAAGUGGAAUGUUGAAAUUGAUGAUUCACUUUGUACACUGGAAGAAGCUUUCCAUAAAGUUGAGCCUUCUUUAGGUUUCAAUAUUGAGUUGAAAUUUGAUGACAAUAUUGUUUAUCAGCAAGACCAUCUCACCCAUGUUCUACAAGUCAUUUUGCAGGUGGUGUUUGAGUUUGCUAAAGAUAGGCCCAUAAUCUUCUCUAGCUUUCAGCCUGAUGCAGCUCAACUUGUUAGGAAGUUGCAGAACAACUAUCCUGUUUUCUUCUUAACAAAUGGUGGGACCGAACUUUGCUAUGAUAUUAGGAGGAAUUCCCUGGAGGAGGCCAUAAAGGUCUGCUUGGAAGGAGGUUUACAAGGGAUUGUUUCAGAGACCAAAGGAGUGUUCAGAAACCCAGGAGCAGUGCCUAAGAUCAAGGAGUCUAAGCUCUCUCUCCUGACAUACGGCAAACUCAACAAUGUGCCUGAGGCUGUUUACAUGCAACAUUUAAUGGGAAUUGAUGGAGUGAUAGUUGAUUUUCUUCAAGAGAUCUCACAGGCAGUGGCUGACAUGAUUAAGCCUGCCAAAGCAGUUAAUGCAGAGGAGGGUUUAAGUGAAGGGAAUGGGGAGACCGAGGCAAAAUCAAAGCUUCAGUUCUCACAGCAGGAGCUCUCAUUUCUCUUGAAGCUAAUUCCAGAGUUGAUACAACACUAACUCUUGCCUCUAACACUAUAGUUUUGCCAAUUGUUUCCUUCUGGGCCGUAACCCAAUAACACGUUUGUAGAUAGAUUGUUAUUUUUAAGGUGGAAAAUCUUUCAUACUAUCAUUUUCAUUCCCCGAACCAUUGGUGUCUAUCACUUGGCCGCAUAUUUGAUGCAUAGCAAAAUUUAGUAGUGAAAAAAAAAAAGAAGAAAAAUGUCUCUUUUUCUAUUUUUUUCUGUUAGAUACUAUCAUGCAAAUGGAAAGAGGGUAUACGAAGAAAAGACUAAUUAUCUAUCAUAAUUUCAGUUCAGUGAUUUAUCUUAAGCUAGUCUGGCAGUGUUUGAAACAAUGGAUUUGAAUCUGUAAGCACCCACAAUAUACAAUCUCAAAGGAAUGUUGAAUAAGCCUUCAUUCUUAAAAAGAAACAAAUAAAUAAUAAGAGCUAAUGCAAAUCAUAUACAUAUAUGUGUAAUGAUGCAGAGAAAAGAUAAAGCUAAAACUAAAGCUAAAAUUCUUUCUAGAAUCGCAAGAAACUGAAAAAGAAAAGGCAUGGAAACAAGAAACGUGAGGCUGGCGUGGCGAAGUUUUUGAAUAACCAAAAUCUAGGAAUUGAUUCUUCAUAGGCAGGUGCUUCAUCUUUUGCCGCAUAUUUUGAGGAAUAGCAAAAUUUUGUAGGGAUACGAAUAUCAGUUCAGUGAUUUAUCUUCGCUAGUCUGGCAGUGUUUCUGCAUUGUCAUUUAUCACUAUGAAAAUUACAUAUUUGAAACAAUGGAUUUGAUUCUGUAAGCACCCACAAUAUACAAUCUCAAAAAGACAUAAAUAAAUAAUAAGAGCUAAUGCAAACCAUAUAUGUGUAAUGAUGCAGAGAAAAGAUAAAGCUAAAGCUAAAAUUUUUUCUAGAAUAGCAAGAAACUGAAAAAGAAAAGGCAUGGAAACAAGAAAAGUGAGGCUGGCGUGGCAAAGUUUUUGUUGUGACUAAUGGAAUAACCAAAUCUAGGAAUUGAUUCUUCAUAGGCAGUUGCUUCAUCUUUUGUAUGCUUUGACAAAGCUUUUGGUUGCUGUCGGCUGACUGUUCGACAUCUGGAGUAUAUUGGACAUUUACAUGUUUUUCUGGCCAACCUCCAAUUCUUUUUUCCGACAUAUAUAGUUAACACAUGAUCUGCAUCGAUGUUAGCAAAGUUACUGUCUAUGCACAAUGAUGAAAAUUAAUUAAAAUUCUAUCUCAAAAAAGUUUAACCAUU